AUGUCUUCGCCAAAGUCAUCCCGGUCUAAAUCCUCCCCUGCUCCCCAGUCGUCUAGUGGGAUGCCGAUGAACCAGGUUGCUGGAGAAGAACCGGCAAUUGAAGUCGGCGGUGAUUCCGAUUCUUCAUACACUAGAUCGACGGGAAUUACCGAUACGGAGUCUCUUAGGUCUUCUAUUCUGAGCUACAAAUGGGAGAACGGACGACGCUACCACGCUUAUCAAGAUGGAUCUUACUGGGCUCCAAAUGAUGACCGUCAACAAGAAGCAGAAGACUUGAUGCACGAAGUCUACAAGAUCAUUCUGAACGGUGAACUUUACGAAGCCCCAAUCGGCGAGAAUCCUCAGAGGGUCCUUGAUGUGGGAUGCGGAACAGGUAUCUGGGCAAUCGAAUUUGCUGACGCUCACCCAUCUGCUAAUAUAAUUGGCAUCGACCUUUCACCCAUUCAACCCAAGUUCGUGCCCCCGAACUGCCAUUUUGAGGUUGACGAUAUCACACAAGAAUGGACGUACCCAGUUGAUCACUUCGACUUCAUUCACAUUCGUUUCAUGACAGGCUGCAUUCCGGACUGGACAGAGCUUUUUAAGAAGGCGUACAAGCAUAUGCAGCCCGGCGGCUGGGUAGAAAGUCUCCAGCUAUGGGGUGUUUCCAAGUCCGACGACGGUACACUUAAGCCCGACUCGCCAGCCCACAACGAUGCAGGGUUUGUAAAUGUACAGGGUCGACGAAUCAAGGUACCUGUUGGAACGUGGCCGAAGGAUAAGACUCUCAAGCAAUGGGGAGCUUGGAAUCGGCACUUUUUGCUCGAAGGUCUUGAGGGCUUUUCUAUUCGUGGACUAACGGAAUUGCUCGGAUGGAAAUAUGAGGAUGCGCAGUUGUUCCUCGCGGACAUGCGCAAGGAAUUGACAAACCCGGAUUUGCACUCAUAUCUAGAGGUUACGGUCUUCUAUGGUCAGAAGCCAGAGGCUUAG